AUGUACAAUAUGAGCAAGAAGAAAAAGAAAACUGAUGAAGACAGUGAAACCACUGCUAUUGAAGAUGUAAAAAGUUCGGUCAAUUCUAAGAAGAAAACUUCAAAAGAUUGUGAAUAUUUGGAAAGAAGUGAUGAACAACUGAGACACGAAAUUAAACAAAAAGUUGAUAAAUUGUCACUUUACGAAACGCUACUAACCGAAAAGGAUAAAAUAAUUCAUCAACUGACAAAUGAGAAUAGAAGGAGUCUAUUACUUCUGCUCUGGAAAAACUAA